GAAUUUCACCGAAAAUUGGCAGCUUUUGCUCGGAGUUAGCCGUGCGGAUUGAUGUGCCUUUAAAAUAAAUUCUUGUCGGUCUUCUUUAUAACUAAGAUUUAUCAAAAAGCUCAACGAAUAUGUUAAAACACUUAAGUUUUGUAUUGUUUAUUGUGGGCAUAUACCAUACCCAAUGUCAAAAAUUGGACUGGGAUUUGGCAGUAGUUGUACGUAACGAAAUACAAUUACUAUCUUCAACUGGAUCCGUUUUAGAAUCUAGAAAACCGUUUUCUGCGUUAAGGGCAAUUACGUACGAUGGUAUCAGGGAUCAGUUCGUUGUCAGCGACACUGACAGAAACAACGACACAAUUUUUACUGUCCGCCUAUCCAAAGAGACUGCUACCGAACCAAUAAUAACAAGUCCUCCCGGUGACGUACAGGGGCUCGCAAUUGAUCCUGUAGAAGAUGUUUUAUAUUGGACAAAAGCUCUCGAGAAUACAAUAGGCUAUGUGAGAUUGAACAGCUCCGAGCACAUUCCUGAAGAUUUUAUUACUUUUACAGAUACAGCCCCCCAUGCUAUUGCCAUUGAUGUUUGCAAUCGGUACAUUUAUUAUACAACAAAUCCCUCACGCAACAAGCCGACUAUCGAAAGAAGAAAAUUAGAUAGCACAGAACACCAAAUUUUAGUUAAUGACACGAUUUGGACUCCGGUAGGUUUAGCGAUCGACUACAAAAAUCAACGACUAUAUUGGGCAGACAGUAGAAUCGGAUCAUCAACUGGCAGGAUCGAAAGCAUCAGUCUUGAUGGAACAGACAGAAGACUGUUUAUGGAAAGAAACUCAGUGCAGCCUUUCGGAUUAGCUGUAGAUGAAGAAGCCGUUUAUUGGACUGAUACUAACAAUAAUGCUUUAUACAAACUAUUAAAAACCGAAACAGAUCCGUCUACGACCCCUGAUAAAAUUGCGACUUUUCAUGAUACGCCUAUGGGUUUAGUAGCGAAUUUUGUUAUGAACGACUGUAAAGGACUUCCAGACGCCAUCAAGGAAUAUCAACAACACCAAAUGCAAUCAAACCAAAGUAAGGAAUAUGAUGAUACAGAAGAAGUCUUCCAGUGUUUCAACAGCGGUGUCCUAAAAAACAACACGUGUCAUUGCAAACGUGGCUUUAGAGGAAAAUUGUGCGAGAUAUCUGUUUGCAGCAACGAUUACUGCUUGAAUGGAGAUUGCUACCUAUCGUCAUCUGGGAAACCAACAUGUAAUUGCAAUAAAGGUUUUAUUGGUGACAGGUGUCAAAAGAAUAAAUGCGAUACGUAUUGCUUGAAUUCAGGAGAAUGUAUUAUCACGUCGUCCAUGAACACACCCACGUGUAGUUGUCUUCAAGGAUUCAUUGGGAACAGAUGCGAAUACAAUGAAGAAAUUUGUGAUUUGUACUGCAAUAACCAAAAAGACAGCGGAUUUCCAGAUGAAUUUGAAAUAAUGUGCAGGUGCAGUUAUAAUUACUCAGACCGAAACCACAGCUCUCCGCUCCAAUCUUCAUUACAAAGCCAAACAGAUAUCCUUUCCAAAUUUCAGGAUCCUGUGGUGUACUUGACAGUCAUCAUUUUAGUUUGUGUGGUGGUUAUCAUUGGCAUGUUAAUCUACAUCCACAUUGUUCAGAAGAAGCGUCCUCGAAUUCAGAAGCGAAUCAUCGUCAGCAAAAACGUCACGCCUCUGACAUAUCGACCACAGCCGAAUACAGAACAGUGCGAGAUCACGAUCGAGAACUGUUGCAACAUGAACAUUUGUGAAACGCCAUGUUUCGAGCCGACAGGCGAGGACAAGAAGAAACUUCUAAUGAACAUGGAAGGCGAAGAUCUUUACUAAGAUUUUCCGAUCUAAAAUCGGCUGUGACUGUAUAAAGUAUUAAAACAAUUGUUAAGUUUUUAAUAUUUAUAUUUAUAAAGACUGUGUUUACCAGUCCUUCUAUUACAGCUAUUGGAGAGUUUUACACAAACAUUAUAAAUGAGACUGAGCGGUUCGUAACACUUAUCAUUCCCCAUGGCACGACUUUUGAGGAUAUACAAAUGUAGAAAUUUGGUCUGAGUUGUUAGUAGGAAUAUAACCAAAUAAGAAUAUUGGAUAAAUACUUAAUUUUUCAAUCGAAGAGAUCAGAGAAGAUCUUGUCUUAAUUUUAAACAAAUGAUUAGGCAUAACAAAAUUUUUUACCGUAAACUGGUAUAAUAAUAUUGUUGGUUACAUGCAUAUAGUUUCCUUAUUACGGCUAAAGUUGUUAUUUGUGACAGAUUUUUUUUGUUAAAUACGUAUGGCUUUUAUAUAUUACUAAAAUUUCAUCUUUCUCGUCGAAAUGUAUUAAAAAAUUAACGUAUUGUUACGUUUUUCAAAACCUCCUUUUUGUUGCGCUGAAACAGUUACAAACAACGCAUCAGUGUAAAUUGUGAACUAAUGCGCCGAUUGCUCUCAAAAUUUUGACAGCUGACGUUUGAAGGCUGACACCAAUUGAUGAGGUUCCAUCUAUAUGUCACGACCGUGACUUUUUCAGUGCUGGACAAUAACUCAGGAGUUGAGAUGAAGAAAGGAUUAUAUGGCAUUUGUUGCAGAGAACCAGAGGCCCCCUCAGCGUGAGGCUUGCGGAGGGCCACAAUCGAGCAAGGGCCCCAUCUUGUCGUCUGAUAUUAUGUAAGUAGGUAAUAUGAUUUUACUUUGUGUGUUUAAAUUUAAAAACGUAAAUUUCUAAAUCGACCUAUGCGGCAAGUGAAUCAUCUCAUAUCGAGAAACUUAAUCGUUUCCGGUCUCACGAAAUUUUAUGGGUGACGACAAUAAACUAUAAUGCUUUGUACGUGACUAUUAAAAGAUUUGAGAAUUGUAAUUUGCCGAAUUUUAGAAAAAUAUUUCUAAAUCUAGAAAUGGGUUUUCUCUUUAAUCUUUACCUACGUUUAGUAUUUCGAUACAAUUAUAAGAGAACCGUUAUCUAUAGAGAGAUAAUCGCAGGAUAACUAUACUAAUUACUAUUCAGUCCACCUAAAUGAAAGUUAUUCCACUGUUACCACGUAAAAGAUCCUCAAGUACACGUGUAAAUUCAGGGCCGCACGUGUAGUGAUGUACCUAGAGGCACACCAGACUUAAUGGAUCACAUUCAGGAAAUCUCUUUUAAAAGCAAAUUGGCGAAUUGAAGAUUUUUUAUUUCAUAUACCAACAGCAUGCCAUACUAUAUAAAGAAAGGUGACCAAACAAUAUUUCUUUCAUCUACAAAUUUUUCAAUUGUGUGAGAAUUAUACUACAUCCUUUUCAGAAACGUUUAUUUGUAUCCAAUAAGUUGUUUGAAAUAGCAUAUUUUUGCCGACAAUAUUAUUAUACAAUAUAGAAUGGUCACUAUUAGUAUCUGCUUAUUUAUUAUAAACCGGGAGUGACAUAAUUUCCUGAAACAAUUCACCACCAACACAAUUUUCAAAUUCGAUACAAAAAAAAUCAUUCUUCAAUGAUGAUUCAAAUAUUCCUUUUUUUAACUAUUCCACAUUUAACAGCUUUUAAAAACUAUUUCUCUACUAUAUCUGACAAAAAAGUUGUAGAUUCAUUGUUCAACCAACUGUAGACUUGAUAAUCAAAAAUAUUAGAAUAAUUUGGUUGAAUUUGCGGUAGCUAUCGUUCGAGUUAAACGACCUGAUAAUGGAAAGUUGAAUUUUUUUUCGGUGAAAAAUACUAUAUACAUACAUAUAGAUAUAGGAACAAGGCUAUCCAUUUUCUAAACGCAAAAAAGUCACUUCCAGUUUAUAGUAUUUAAAGAAUAUUUAUUACUUAAAACAACUUUUUUGUGUUUUCUGUUUAUUUUUUAAUUAUUUAUAAUAUCUUUCUAUGUUCAUGCAAAUCUGUUCUUGUUUUGGCAUAUCAUAACGAUAUUUUUUACCCUUUAUAAGGCAGCACUUAAUAUUUUUGUACAUUCAGAGUACUCUAACAACACGUUUUCUUAUCUGUAAAUGCUCUAAAAAAUAUAUAGAGUGGUUUCCAUUGUAACCACUGCUUAUUAUCAUGGAUAUAUACAGCGAUGAGCGCGCUAAUAACCGGCAAAAUAACGCAAAAGAUGGAAAAUAUAAUACACUGUGAAGUAAACAGAGAUGAAAGGUGGUAGAGGUGGAAAUUAUCGAUAUAAACGUAAAAAUUAACAUUACAUUAUAUAGUUUCCCACCUUUAGACAUAUCGAAGGAGUAUAACAACUGCCACUGUGACAGGAGAGUUUUAUAAAAUACUCCUGUCACAAACGUCUAAAGGAGGGAAACUAUGUAAUGAAAUGUUAGCGUUUAUAUCGAUAAUUUCCACAUCUACUAGUUUCAUCUCUUUUUAUUUCAAAAUAUAAUAUGUUUUCGAAUUUUUGCGUUAUUUUACCGGUUAUUAGCGCGCCCAAUCACUGUAUAAUGGUUCCAAUAGAGAUCACAUAUUAUUUUAAACGUUUAUUGAAAUCUGUGUAAACUUUAAGAAAGAGAAGUGGUAAUCUCUAUUAGUGAAUCAAAACAUUUUAGAUAAUAUAUUUAAUACCAAUUUGAUCUGUUUGAACCGAUUUUUUUUCCUACAAUUCUACAAUUUUUUUUUUAAAUUCUCAAGAUGUUUUCAAGUUUCUUUUUCUUCUCCAUGAUAUUUCUAAUACUUUAGUUUAUUUAUCAUAGUAUUCCAUCUUUUCGGUCAGAAAAAUUCUCAUCGAGAAUUUCAUGCCUCAUAGUUUUUAAAAGAUAGCAAUCCUAUGCACAGUAGGAGCGAGUAGUGGUUAACUAUGAUACCACUUGUAUUGCCGUACGCAGGAGUCAGGAGAUUAUUAGAGAAACAAAUGAAAAUGUAUGGUUGAUAGUGCCAAAUUAAAACAUAUUUACGUGAGCUUUAAUAGCAAAUGGUUAACAUAGCGACCACUGCCGUAUCCCCGUCAGACCCGAGCCUAUGCCAAAUUAGUGAGUGUUAUUUUAUGAAUUUCUGAUCUGAAUAAUUUCUAAAUAUGUUAUCGAAACAAGGUUUGCCAUGUUUUUUUUUUCUUAGAAGUAAAAAAAAUAUGUACACAUAUGUGACCGUUAGGUUCAUUUAAUAUGUGUACAUUUUGAUCGUCAUCGUAUUAAAGGUAACAAAAAGAAAUAUUUUUCGCGAAAUAAUGUUUUUUCUAGAAUAAGUAAUAGAAAAAAGCUUAUCGUCUAUAUAUUGAAACCAAAAGAAGAAUUAUUUCGGAUAAAAAUUUCAGAAAUGUGUACAAUAAACUAUGGCAUUAAAACCUAAUGUACACAUCUGUGGACAAAUGUUUUUGAUGACUGAUAACUUAACAGAAAAUAAAAAUUAAAUAAAAUUAUACAAUAUAUCUUGUAAAUUAAUGCUUAGAAAAAGAUAUUACCAGAUCUAUUUUUUUCGAUGACUGACUUAACAAUAAAUUGAAUAAGAUUUAUCUCGUGAAGUAUCCAAUUGUUUAAUUCCCUGGUGACCAAGGAGAAGACUGGACUGAGUAGACAUAUGAGAAGCAGAAACUUAAGCCAAAAAACAAAAAUAACCAUAUACAAAACCCUUAUACAACCAGUGUUGACAUAUGGAUCGGAGACAUGGACCAUAUCCAAGGCAGAUGAAAACCUUCUGCUUAUAUUUGAACGAAGGAUCCUGAGAGGAAUAUUCGGUGGCAUCUGUGAAAAUGGUAUUUGGAGGAGGAGGUACAACUACGAGGUAUACCACAGAUAUAAACAUAUAUUUGGUGGUACAAACGUAGUAUCUCUUAUAAGAAUAGAAAGACUAAGAUGGGCAGGACAUCUAGCAAGAUCCCAGCAGAACAACCCUCCUAGAAGAAUCUUUAUGUCACAACCUGUGGGAUAGGCCAAAACUCAGAUGGAAGGAUGGUGUUGAUGAGGAUGGGAGAAAAAUAGGCGCAGCAAACAGGAAACGGUUGGCAAUGGAUAGGACUGACUGGCGUAAUAGACUUGGGAAGGUCGAGGCUCUUUCAUAGGGCUGUAGCACCAUUGAUGAUGAUGAUCCAAUUGUUUAGCGUCCUCACAAUAAAAGCUUUUCAGUUCAACUAAUUGUUAAGUACUGCUAUAAUAGAGAAAUAGGCAUGUGCUUCAAGAAACAAUAUGUGGCGCCAAAUUCAAAUUAAGAAACGUACUCUGAAAAAUGUGGACUUUGAUUAAUUUGUCCACAUAUGUAUACGCGUGGCCUGACGAGGAUAUAAGGGGUUGGAAAAUCGUUUCAUCAACUAAUACUUGGAUUUCUAGUUCAACAUAACAAUACCUUUAAAAGACGUGACAUAAAUAGUAAUUUUAAUAAAUACUGAAUAAUUUAAACAAAAUUCUGUUAUGUACAAAUGAUAGGUAUUUAAUUAGCUUUUUUGGAAUUUUUUAUUUGCAUGAACGUAGAUAUAUUUUUAAACUGUUGUACUUAAGUGGUACUUAUUGGUUUAUAAGGUGUUGGCUUUGUACUUUGUAAAGUGAUCAGAAAUCAUGACAUUGUUGUACUCGCUUGAAGUCACAAAUCUACUUAAAAUUGUGCAGAAUAAUAAUCUAAUACUUAUUUUUUAAAAAUUUUGUUGCUUCUCCUCAACUUUUUUCAAAAGAAAUUGCUCUUAAAUACUAAUCAAUCAAUGUAAUAAUUAAAUUAUUUAUUUAUUAUGUACCAAAUACAAUGUGACGUGAAUCUGUCUUUAAGUCAUUAGUCAGCUGUCAUUUAUCUGAUCUGCACUAGAUCUUAUCAAAAUCGUAACCGUCAUCAACACGCCUAACUUCACACGCAACUUUGAUACGAGAAUUAUAAAAAAAUAUGCAUUGAAAUCCAGAUCUCGUAAUUUUUUGAGCAUUAUAAAAUGAGUACAAAGACAUACAGUCGGAAAAAUGAAAGAUUACCCAUGAACGAUCAUAUCAAUCACAUAUUAUUUAGAUUAUUAAUAAUAUCUCUAUCUCGUUUUGCUAUUUAUGAAAAGAGACAGCAAAUACAAAAUAUGUGAUUGAUGUGAUCGUUCAUGGGUAAUCUUUCAUUUUUCGGACUGUACAUAAAUUUUGUUUUGUAAUUCCACCUUAAAUUUACCGUGCACAUCUCGCAGACCAUUACCGAUAAGGUAUAGUUGUCACAAUUUUGGGCCGCGCCCGCACUAUAUCUAGAAUCUUGAUGGUAGGUACUGGUACCAAUCUUGUUAUCUUGAUGGUACCGAUGCUUGACAUUCCUUGGUUUGACAACAUGUCCAAGUAGAUUUUCGGGACUUGGCUGUCAGUUGGGGUUUAAAAGUUUCACUUUAAUGUUUAAUUAAAGUGGAACUUUACAUUUCAACUAAAUUUUAAACUCCAAAUGUCAGCCAUGUCGCAAAAAUCUACUUGGCAUCUUGUUAACCCACAGAAUACAGCAUUGGUAUCAAAAUAGAUGACAUGUAUCAAAAGCAAAAUAAGAAAAAUUUUGAUUUUUCUGUUUUAAACGAAAGUUUUGAUUUGCAGGAAAAACGUUCGUGGGUUUUUGUAUGACCAGUACUUUUUGCUCACAAUGACCCCUUACUAUGCUUAUGACAUAAUAUGUCAUAAGCAUAGUAAGGGGCCAUUUUGGUAAGAUAUAUAGCCACUAAUGGUAAGAUAUAUUAUAUCACUCAAUCAUAAAAAAAACUAUGAAUAAAUGGGUAUCAAUGACGUGUGACGUGUGAAAUGAAUGUGUCAUUUCUAAAUACAUAUUUCAAAUUUGCUGUUUUCUGAUUUUCUCCUUUUUAUUUGGCCGUAAAAUUUGUUAAUGUAAGUCUUAAAAAAAUAAUUUCAUUAUAUACAUGUCAUAUAUAUAUCACUGCUGUACACUACUUUCCUGCCUUUGUCAAUCUCAUCAAUAAAUUCUGAUUGUGCCUCUUGGUUGCGGCAUGAUCAAGUAUGGAACAUAUAUGACAGAUGACAAAUUUGACAGCAUUAUUGACAGUAUAAUUUUAUUGACAACUGACUAAAUAAGUAUGCGUGUAAGGCAGGUUUACGUAUUAUAAAACAAACUAGCUAGUAACAAAUACUAUAGACUGUAAUAUAUACAACUAGUGACAUUUCCCAUUAAUUUUGAGGAAGCAAAAAAAUAGCGCCAUCUCGCGGCAUGAGUAGGAUAACCAGAGCAAUCUAACCUUACAUUUGUAAAAUUGCUUUAUUAUUGUUUUUUUGUAUAAGUGUUUGAACUAUUUUUAUUUUAAUUUAAUUUAGCAAAAUUAGCUCGCUAUUCAAAAAUUUAUAAAAUUAAAUUUGAAUGUUUACGUCAAAUUUUACGUUGUCAAAACGUAGUUCAACUCAAGCCGACUGAGGCGCUAGUGGCAACGUGCUUCCAUAUUUCUGUGGGAGUUGGAUGUAUUACAGUCAAUAGUAUUUGCUAUUAAUCACCCAACACAUUUAAACUUGUGUAGGGCUUUUCAUCGAUUGUCAUUUGUUUCGAGCUUCUGUCAUAUUUCGUAUAAUCCGUUUAUAUUAAUAUUAUCCACGGAUUAUAUACAACAUAUGACAGAAGCUCGAAACAAAUGACUGUUGUUGAAAAGCCCUAUUGAAAGCUAAAGCCAAAGUUGCAGUGACAAGUUUGUCUGCCAACAUCCGACUGCUUGUUUAUUUUAUUUUGUUUCUUGCCCCAUGGUUAGACAUUUUAAAAAGCAUUUAUGCAUAUAUUUAUAUUUCCUAUAAAAUGACUCACUGCCGUUUCUAAAAUGAACAAUAAAAUGUCUAACCUGGACGUGCUGCUUAGUACAGUCUCCAAAAGCCAGUUAAAAUAAUCUUUUUGUUUCUUUACAGAAUGAAGUAGAUUUUAUUUAAAAAGUAGUAGGUCAGAUGGAUUUUUGUCACAGUAUAAUGUUGGUUUUUUAGUAUUAGUCCAAGAGGCAGCGCUGAAAAACUAUUUGAAUUUACUAAAGCUAGAUUUUUCACAGUUGAUUACUGUGAUUGUGUAGAGAAAUAUACUGCGGUCGGUCAGGCGAAACGUAGAACAGGGGUUACUGAGAGGAUACAGUUGGAAAAAUAAAAGAAUACCCAUGAACGAACAUAUAAAACACGCUGUAUUUUCCUGUCACCGUGUCACACAAAAAAUUGGCCAGCGAAAGUACAUGUAAUAAUUAUUGUUACAUGUACUUGCACUGGACAAUUUCCUUUGUGAUACAGUGACAGGAAAAUACAGCGUGUUUUAUAUGUUCGUUCAUGGGUAUUCUUUCAUUUUUCCGACUGUAUCAAAGUUGCUUUCCUACGAAGGUAAUUAAGUCCAUUUACUAAUGCUGAAAAUCAGUACACACAUUCUAAAUUGAAUAUAAAUAAAAGUUAUUAUAGUCGGUCAGCUGUAUGACGGGACAGAGCCGGUCAGUCGACCCCAGUGAAUGUACAGGGUUAUUCACUAUAUUUUGAUCCCCUUGUAAACUGCUUUAUUUACAGAAUUAGAAAAAAUGUAAAAAUUCGAUUUCUAAAUUAUGAUUUUUUGACAUAUAUAUCGUACUAGUGACGUCAUCCAUCUGGGCGUGAUGACGUAAUAGACUAUUUUUUUAAAUGAGAAUAGGGGUCGUGUGCUAGCUCAUUUGAAAGGUUAUUCAAUUUUCUGUACAGUACUAUAAACAUUAACAUGAUUAGGUAAUUAUACAGGGUGUCCAAAAAAAUUUUUUAAUUAAAUUAAUUGUUUAAUUAAUAAUUCAAUUUUUUUACACCCUGUAUAAAUAAUGAUCUUAAUGUUUAUGGUACUGUAUAGAAAAUUGAAUAACCUUUCAAAUGAGCUAGCACACGACCCCUAUUCUCAUUUAAAAAAAUAGUCGAUUACGUCAUCACGCCCAGAUGGAUGACGUCACUAGUACGAUAUAUAUGUCAAAAAAUCAUUACUAAAAAAUCGAAUAACUUGUAUUUUACAUUUUUUUCUAAUUCUGUAAAUAAAGCAGUUUACAAGGGGGUCAAAAUAUAGUGAAUAACCCUGUACAUUCACUUGAGCCGACCGACCGGCUCUGUCCCGUCAUACAGCUGACCGACUAUAAUAACUUCUAUUUAUAUUCAAUAUGGAAUGUGUGUACUGAUUUUCAGCCUUAGUAAAUGGAUUUAAUUACCUUCGUAGGAAAGCAAGUUUGAUAUCCUCUCAGUAACCCCUGUUCUACGUUUCGCUUGACCGACCGCAGUAUGUUUCUCUACACACUCACAGUAAUCAACUGUGAAAAAUUUAGCUUUAGUAAAUUCAAAGAGAUUUUUUAGCGCUGCCUUUCCGUCUAUAUGUUCAGACCAGGUUGAGAGUAAAAAUACUAUCGAGAGGAUUAUGUAAGAUUCCUUGUUCCCGGUAAAGGAGAGGGCCGUGCAUACAACAGUUUUUUUAAAGAAACUAUCUUCAGGCAUCUUUUGUUCUGCAAAGUGGUUUCUAAAAAGUCUAAAAUCUUUAUAUCGUUUCAUUUUUAUUGUUUUAAUAGAGCCAUUGAAAGAAAUUCACGAAAUCAAGCAAUCUUGACGUAUUCAAGACAACGAAAAAGGAGCAAUAAGACAUUAUGAAAGUUCAAGGAUAAACUAACUUAACCAUCUUUCGAGUUUUGUCUGUGCUGUUUUUUGACUACCAAUAUGCAAUAUCUUAAUGCUUUGUUAUACUUUUGUAGAGAGCUUCGUCAAAAGCAGGCGUUGGGUGUUACUCACGGUAACUCGAGUACUCAAUUUAACUAGAGACAAGAGUCAGGGAACAUAUUCACGCACAAAACAACAAUGAAGCUAUUCUCCGUUUCAAACGUUAGAAUCAGUAUGGCUGUAUAUUGCAAGCGGGUUUGCCAUUCUGUGAAUUAUCAUAAAUAAAUCCUCCUUUAGUAAUCUGCAGCAGUUAACAGCUAAUCCUCUACAAGUACCUGCCUAAUAUUACCUGAAGAGCGGCAACUUUGUCAGAAAAUUCUCAUUUAGUUCGCAUGAGUCUAUCCUUGUAUACUGAAUAGCAUGUUUGAAAUACGGUAUAGUUCUUAGAGGUGAAAACACAUCAGCGUACCUUAGGUGGUUCAAGCGUUGUCCACAAAAGUUUAUACCUUUUUCUUCCUAUUCUAACCUUUUAAAAAUAUCUGCCAGAGCCUGAUUGAAAAGUUUCGGUGAUAUUAUGAUUGAAUGGGAUACUAAAAGUAGCAUUUCUCUCUGCUUAUAUUCUUCGAAUGUCCAGAAUCAGCAUUAAAAUUGUGUAGGAGAAACUAUUAGACUUGAAGUUUUCACUUGCACUUCCGAGAAGACAAAAUAAGAUUUUAUAUGUUUCUCCUUAUUUACUAGUCUCAUCAUUGCUAAUAGGAUGUAGGGAGAAAAUUAUACACAUAUUUUUUAUCACCCUUAGCUUCUUAUGUUUCAUAUACCUUCAUCAAUCAGCCAAUCGCGUCCACUGCUGGACAUAGACCUCCCUCAGUUCUUUCCAGUGUUCUUUACACUGACUGGACCGCUCGUAGCCAGUUUCCCGGUACUCUUUAUGUCGUUUAAUAGUUUCUGGGCCUCCAUUCAAUGAUUCGUCGUGUCCACCGUCCAUAUACCUUAAACCUUCAUAUAAAAGUGAAUAUUGUCGGCAAUUAAGCUUAAGUUUCGUUUCAAUAUUUUGAAAUACAAUUUUUACUGACAAUCUGUUAACAUUUCAGUUUCUGCGUCUAAGGUCCGGUUGUUCGAACGCUAAUCAACAAUAAUCACUAUCAAAUAUUUAAUUACUGUCACCAACUGUCAAUGUCAACUUUGUUUGGGUUGCUGAAAACAUAAUUAUGGAUUACAAUUAUUAUGAGAUUAGUUAAUCAAUUAACAUAACAAUUAUUAACAUAAUUGAUUAACUAAUUUCAUAAUUGUAAUCCAUAAUUAUAUUUUCAGCAACCCAAAUAAAGUUGACAUUGACAGUUGGUGACAGAAAUUAAAUAUUUGAUGAUGAUCAUUUUUGAUUAGCGUUCGAACAACCGGCCCUAAAUGUUACUUCUGGUGAUGAAAAUUUGUUCGAUUCAUAAAGUUUUGUCUUCUUCUUGUAGUGCCUAUUCGUUUCGGAUGUUGGCGACCAUCAUGGCAAUCUGUUAUUCGCACACUGCUGCUCUAAAAAGAGCAAAAAGUUUUGUAUAUUGUUGUCCCCUCUUAUUUUUCGACUGUAUUCAUUUCUUAAUUAAUUUGUUUGUAUGAAAGGUUUAAUCUUUUAGUAUCUCAAUUUUAUUUUGAGAUUGUAAUUGUGUUUUCCAGACCAAUAGUCUUUAAUUUGUGACAUCACAAAGCUUCAUGUCAAGAUAAUUCAAGAAUAACAUUCGUUUUAAUGUUUUUUAUAUUGUGGCCUAUUUACGAUUUUUUGCAAAAAAGAAUUUUUAAAUUAAUUUAUUCAAAAUUUUAACUGGCUAAGAUGAUUUUAAUAAUUUUGCAGGACACUUGCAGUGUUGUAUUCUUAUGUUGUUUAUCAUAAAUAAUUUUUUAUUUCGGAUGAUUUAAAACGUUUAAUUUGAAUAAAACAGUUCAGACUUGCAUUUGAAUACAUCUCUGCAAACGUUUCCUGGGCCUUUACCAAUGUGAAGAAAUCUGUAGACUUUUUAAAACUGUAGUUGAAAUAUUGAGUUGUGAUCGUAGUGAAUUCUAUUCAAUGCUCCAAUUGCCAAUGAAUACUUGUUUUGUAAUUUUUGUGUAUUCGUUUUUGGUAUAUUGUGACUUUACUUACUUGUUUUUAGAGUAAGUUGUGGGUUGUAAUAUCCACAUCAGAAAUGUGAUAUUAUAAUCUAAGUAGUGCGAAUUAAUAAUUUUGUAUCAAAAAUUUGGAAACAAAUAAAAUUAAUUUAUUAGUA